AUGACCAUCGCCAUGGCACGCAGCCGGGCGAUGCUCGGACUUUGCUGCCUGGGACUGGGACUCGGUAGUUUCUCGGCCUGGGAUGCCAACUUCCUCGUCUCUCGGCCGUCGGCUUGUCCUGGCGCUGCCGAGGGCGGUCUUUGUAGGAGCUCAGGGGCGCUUCGACGCGCAUUUCCCUUGGAAAAGCUGGUUUCGUCGAAGAAGCGGAAGCGACUUGCAUCGCUGGGUACAUCCAGCGUGCUGAGCUACUUGCUUCUUAAGUUCCUGAAGCAUGCCAUCAUCAACGCUGUGGCCUGGUAUCUGACGGCGAAGAG